AUGGUGACCUCAACAAUACCAACCAAAUAUCAAACUGUGAUGUAUGAAAUUGCUGAGAAGAAAGGGUUUGGUUCCCAGGCAAGGAGGUUUGAUGAUGAUUUAAGCCAGAGUGAAAACCCAGGACCGGGUACAUAUGAUUACACUCAUGGGUCACUUGAAACCUUCAGCACUUCCUUCUCCAAAAGAGGAAUGGGUGGGCUUGCAUCCAAAGUACCCCGUGUGGAACGGAGAAAAAUUAUCCAGUCCCCAGGAGCAAAUGCAUACAACGUUCCUUCUACAAUCCUGACAAAGAUGGACUAUCACCUAGGGAACAGCAGCAUGUUCCAGCCACCCAUUGCUAUGAAAGUGGACGGUAACAAAAACAGGACACCAGGUCCUAAUGAAUAUAAUAUUUCCAAUGUUUUUCUUGGGAAAGCUAACAAUGUCUCUGCUGAAUCAGCAUUUUUAUCAAAAACCAGAAGAGAGGCAGUUCCACAAGGAGUACUGCAUGGACCCUCCCCAUGUUUAAUGGAUGGAGUUGCAAAGCUGUGGAAAGAAAUUGAACAAAUGACAAAAAAUUUUGAUUCCUUUCUCACUAAAUCAAUAAGUUUAGUGAAAUACUUUGAACUUUUAUCUGAAAUGAUUUCUUCGAAUAGUUUUGUAAAGAAGAAACAUUACAUGUGUAUUUCUGCUCCUCCUUUCCCAGUGCGCAGAAACCCAACUCCUCCAGGCCCCGGCUAUUAUGAUGUAGUUGAUUUUCAUGAUCCACCUAAGCGCUACAUGACCAGUGCAGUGUUUGUGUCUAACACUAGCCGCUGGACUGGAAAUGUCCAUGACAAAGAUAUUCCAGGACCAGGAACACCUAUGUAUUGA